GGGCAGGACGGAGGCGUUGAUCCGGCCACGUUUGGCCCGGCGGUUCCGGCUGCGGCGCGAAGGGGGGCUGGGAUAGAAAAGGGGGUGGUGCUGGCGCUGCAGCCGGAUCCGGAUGCGGCGCUGUGACCGCCGUGGAGACUGACGUGCCUGGAGGGGAACGUGGAUCGGUUCGGUGCGGUGAGGUGACCUGGGGCUGGGACGCGAGGAAGGGCAGGCUUGGGACCGCCUUGAGGCUGCAGACCCCGAGUCCGGGGCGCCCCUGCCCAGGAGCCUGGCUCCUAAGCAUGGUGGCCCGCGGUCCGGCCGGGCAGGGUCCUGGAGGGCCUAGAGACCGGAGUGUCCGUGGCGUGGGACUUGGGGACUCUGCAGCUGUCGCUCUGAAAGAGCGCUAACCCUGGGUUCCCUUUUACCGGUCCAGCGGUCAGAGCGGCUGAAGACUGCCUCUGGCUCUAAAGAACCCCUGCGCAGACUGUGUGAAGCCUGGGGUGAGGGACCUGGGACUUGUACCCCUAGAAACACUGUGUGAUUUCUAUUGUGUGCAGGAACUAAUGUUUAUGUAAGGCAAACACAAAAUUUGUUCAUGUAAAAAUACAUGGGGUUUCGUUUUGUUGGGAUAAUCAGCCCUUAAUUAAUCCAAGCAUGGGUCUCAGGAAAUUGAGGUAUUUUAAGGCAGGAUUCGUAUGGUAAAAACAGAUACCAUGAUGCAAAGAUUGUCAUCUGCUGAGUUUUCUGCUGUAGAACUCAAUGGGAAAAACGAGAGGACCCUCAUCACAGGCUGUCACUCAUUUGACCUUUAGGCUGGUCUUGGGAACUCCGUGCUACAACUAUCCAGCUAGAUUGGAGAUAAAAAGAUGGUGCAGAUCAAAUACACUAUCGGGAAAUACUUCAUGCUUUGAAGACACUUGAGAGCUUUCUACCUACCGGUCACCCAUCACAGAGAGUUUGAUAUGGCUGUAGAUCAUGUUUAGAAAUUUGUAAAUCUUGGUCUUCAAUGUUCACUACUUGUUGCUCCGUUUUGUCUUCCUAGAAGCAGCUGCUUCCCAUUUGUAUCCAAUCUCAUUCAGAGGCUGGAAAGCCAAACUUGAAAUUGUCUCUAAAAUGUUUUCAGUUGGGGAAAAAAUAACCCCUCGGUACUAUUAUAAAUAUAGUUUGUUGUAUGAUACUUGUAUUGUCACUAGUGGCAUUGUGGCAGUCUUUUUUCUUUGUGCCUUUCUGAAAUUUGAUUGCUAAAUGAGACCUUACGUCAUUCAUUAUUCAUUGACUAGAGACUUACCAGACUAGGGCCAAGGCAGUACUCGUGCCUUGUAAAUGAACGCUUAUUUAGCAGUUACACACAGCGAGUAGGGGGACGGUGCUUUGAAUUAGAGUUUACAUUUCGUAUAUUUCUAUUCAUAUAACCAAACUUUAGUUAGCUGGUGAUGAAUCUUUAAGUGCUCAAGAAUGAAGGUUUCGACUAGCCUUAAAUUUGCCCCACCCAGUUCCCAGGUGUAGGGUGGAUGUGGGGAUAUCUUAAAACCAACUUUAAAAAGAAUUUUCCAUGUUUACUCCAGUUUCCAUAGUUAGUUUUCGUGUGUGUGUGUUGUUUGAGGUAGGUGUCACUGUGGUAGCCCUGCUGGCCUUGACCUCUCAGUGUCCAUGCCCCAGCCUCCCUAGUACUGGGUCACAGGUGUCUGCCACCUCACCUGAAUUUUUAUUAGAUUGUAAUGAGGCAUGACCUCUGUCAGCAUAUCUUUAUGACUAGAAAGAUAGGCUUCUUCCUCUUUGAGGUUUUCCAAAUCCUGUUUUAAAAGGAGUUUGACUGUUCCUAGAUCUUUUGGGUUUAACUAGACCAAUGGCUGUCCUCAUCUACUUAGUGAUGGGUGCUAGAAACUGAUUUAAGGUGCAUCAGGGGUCUGGUAUGGCGGGACACUUCUGUACCCUCAACGUGGGGAACAUGAAGACAGAAUCAGGAGUUGGAGGUAGGCUGGGGAGGUAGCUGAGAGGGUAGAUCCUUUGCAGUGCAAGACUGAGGACCAGAAUUCCUUGACUGAUUGCCAGAACCCAUGUAAAGAAGUAGGGUGGGCUGGGAAUGACAGCACCAGGAGACAGAGAAAUCCGUUGAGUAAACUGGCUAUUUACACCAACCUAAAAAGUGAGUCCAGGGUUUGGGGAGAGAACUGGUUUCAGUAUAUAAAGUGGAGAGUGAUCGAGGACACCUGAUCAACCGUGGGCCUCCACACUCACGGGCAUACAUGUGCACAUGUACCCAACACACAUGCAAACAUGCCUACACAUGAGCACAUAUACAGCAGAGUGGGAAGGCAACCUAAGCUACAUGAUGAAAAUGGAGUUUUAAAGUUUUCUUCUUGUUCAACUUCUUAUUCACCCAUUAUUUUCACCCUUAGUUUCAGCCCGUUUUUCAUCUGAUAGUAAAGUUGUUUUUUCUACAUGUUUACAGUUGUAGUCUAGUAGUAAAGUAGCUCAUAUAAUGGUACAGAAUCCAUUUAUAUGAAAUUAACUUCCUCAUCCAGCACACGUUUUCUUUACUAAUAAAGCCUUUUAACAUUUGAAAUUUUAUUUUAGACUUUACUGGGAAGAUGAAACCCGAUGAAACACCUAUGUUUGACCCAAGUCUGCUCAAAGAAGUGGACUGGAGUCAGAAUACAGCUACAUUUUCUCCAGCUAUUUCUCCAGUGAAUCCUGGAGAAGGCUUGGUUUUGAGGCCUCUUUGUACUGGCGACUUGAAUAAAGGUUUUUUUAAGUUACUGGGUCAGUUGACAGAGACUGGCGUCGUCAGCCCUGAGCAGUUCAUGAACUCUUUUGAGCACAUGAAGAAGUCUGGGGAUUACUAUGUUACAGUUGUGGAAGAUGUGACCCUAGGACAAAUUGUUGCUACAGCAACCCUGAUCAUAGAACAUAAAUUUAUCCAUUCAUGUGCUAAGAGGGGGAGAGUAGAAGACGUCGUUGUUAGUCACGAGUGCAGAGGGAAGCAGCUCGGCAAACUGUUAUUAUCAACUCUCACUUUGCUAAGCAAGAAGCUGAACUGUUACAAGAUCACCCUUGAAUGUCUACCACAAAACGUCGGCUUCUACAAAAAGUUUGACUAUACAGUAUCUGAAGAAAAGUACAUGUGUCUGAGGAACCACAAGUAAAGACCACCAUGAAGAUGAUGCUCCAAGGCUUUCCUGUUCAUUUUUGUUGCUGCAGCCAGUGAGCUCCAUACCUGCUAGACUGGAAAACCACUGUAGUGUGCAAUGUAGUAGUGACAAGAGCAUGCCUGUGGCUGCGGGGACUUGCUCUGAGUUAAGAGUACAAAUGAUCACAAAGGGGAUGAUUUUUAACCAAAGGAAUAUAUUUUCAACUUGAAUCUUUUCUUGCAUUGUAUUUUUCUAAAGUUUAUCUUCAUUUCCUAGUCGUCAGGAGUAUGGGCAGUAAAGAGUUAUGUCUGCUCUGUGCUGCUCAUUUUUAAAUAUAUGUAUAUAUAUAUUGAAUAAGGCUGUUUCUUAUCACAUAAAAUUAUUUUUGUCUCAUACAUCUAAGCAGACUUAAGGGUGCACUGUUUCCCACAUUACAGGGAGUCAGAUACAUCUGUUGUUAUAACCAGAUACAUAUCUGCACAUAUAAACAUGGUUGAACCUAAUACCGCACACAACGUGGACAGUCUUUUAAAGAAACAAGAAAAAAGGAAACUGACAAGGUACAACAGUUUAAGUAACUAUUUUACUAACUGUUUGUAGAGUUCUGUGCAGACACUGCCCACCCACAUGUCUCACCUGUCACAUGAUGUAAGAAUCAUCCAAGGGCAGAUCUUGAGACCAGGGUUCUUUCCUUGAGUGAGCAGCUCUCAGUGGGGUACUUUUACCCUCGUUUAUCAUGGCCAUCUGAAGCCUCUGAGUCACAAAAUAUGUAUGGUACUGCCUUUGUUACAUCCUUAAAAUAACAGUAGCUUUUCUAUUUAAUGUGAUUAUAAUGGUACUGUUAUUCUGAUCACUGUCCUGUUUUAUUUAUUUUAAUGAUUUUUUAAAGUAGAAGAAAUAGAUACUUUAUUAACCUUGGUUCUAAUCUUUUGCAUUCCAUGUUAUUACAUUAAACUUGUUUAUAUGAAUAGUUUCUCAUGUUAGAAUCUUGUCUUGUGUUUUCUUGUUUGUUGAGACAAGGUAAUAUCUGUAACCCAGGCUAGCAGGAACUCACCACGCAGUAGAAGAUAGAGCCUUGAACUCCCAAGCACGUUCCAAGAGCUGGUAUUACAGGCAUGCACCACCAUGAUCGGCUUGAGUCGCUGAGGUUAAGACAUGACUCAUAACAGCCUAGUUAGUUUUUAGUAUUUUGGGGGUUACUUCAAUUGGAUUUGGAUUUCCCUCUAAUCAUUAGGUUGAUUUUCCAAAAUAGAAAUACUUUGGCUGCAGACUUUCUCUCUGACAGUUAGUUCAGUGAACUAAGUGACCGGUCACUAAUGAAAGUAACAGUUUUGUCUUCAGAAAUCCUGUAACCUUGACAGGGCUUCAUUAAGUUUUACCUAUGUCAAAUAAGCCUCCCCAAAGUGAAAAUUGAGUACCUUACUCUAUUGCUUACCUUUAAACUCUGGGGUAAAACCAUCUACUAUGUUAGUAUUUCAACAAUCCCAUGGAGUCCAGAAGACAAAGAAGUUUUGAGGCAUAAGGAGUAUGAAUGAGCUUCUCAAUCAUCUGUUGAGGUACAAUGGCACAACAGUUUUAAUACAACCACCAGUCUUCACAAAAUAAUUUUAAUACUUUGUGCCCAGGCUAGCAGCAUCUUGCAUCUGUGACAUUCCUAUACAUACAGAAGCAUUUCAUCUGAGUACAAAUGUUAAAAGCAGAGUAACGUAAGCCAUUGCCUAUACAGAGGUAAAGAGACACUGUAUGUUAUUUUUCUUGAAUCAUUUUUGCAAUUACAUGUCAGUAUCAUGUUAUUGAUUGAAAAAACACUUUGAACUGUGAGGUAUGGCAGCUCCCUGUGAGAGAGCUUAACAUGUAAACCUGAAUAUUUUGAGUGAUUCUUUUUUUUCUUUAGCUGCCAUGAAUGGGAAAGACAAAGAAUACCCAGCACUCAAGACUCUAGAAACUUAUUUUCCUAAUUAAAAAAAUAAAUAAAAUCCUUGAGUAAGACUCA